ACAAAACAUCCCCUCCCCGUUUAUAUAUAUUUCUAUACGCGGUUUGAGUCAGAUUCUUCUCCUCCGAUUGCCUAUUCUUGGAAACUGAAUAGUACGUUUGCUUGUUGCAAUUUUUUUUCGAUUCAUAGAUUUUCUCUCUGUCCGGCGGUGAUAUCAUGGGUAAACCCAGACCUCAGAAAAAGAAGAAGACCUCUAAAUCCAAGUCCGUUCUCAGCGCCGGUGGCUCCGUUUCGAAACAGAAAAUGAACGAAGACCCUUCGAAGCUACUCGACCAAGCGACAAUCCUCCUUCAGACGGGACAGGCAGAUGGCGCGCUGGGGCUAGCCCAACAGGCCCUCGACAAUGCGCCGGCCAAUUCGCCCGCUCAGCUCUCCGCCCUGAACCUGGUCGGCGAGAUCUACGUCGAACUAGGAGACAUCGACGUUGCCCGGGAGCAGUUUUUGCGUGCGGUCGAGCUGGAUCCGGCCGGUACGAUACCCGAGUCCCAGGGCGGCGGGGCUGAAAAGUUCUUAUGGCUGGCGCAAUUGAGUGAAUCGGGAGGGAAAGACAGUGUGCAGUGGUUUGAGAAGGGCGUGUCUGCCCUCCGACAUACGAUCGAACAGCUGGAGGCCAAUGCCGGCCCGCAGAAUGCCAUUGAGUUGGACGGAAAGAAACGGAAGCUGGCCAAUGCCUUGUGCGGCGUUGCGGAGAUCUACAUGACCGACCUUUCGUGGGAGGAAGAUGCGGAAAGCCGGUGCGAAUUCUUAGUUACGGAAGCUCUCAAGGCCACCCCCAAGGCGCCCGAAGUGCUGCAGACCCUUGCCUCCAUCCGGAUUUCACAGCUGCGAACAGACGACGCCCGCGACGCACUCACGAGAAGUCUGGCGAUAUGGAAGGAUCUGCCUCCCGACGACCUCACCAUUCCGGACUUUGCGACCCGAAUCAGUCUGACCCGUCUGCUGAUGGAGGUCUCCAUGGAACUCGAGGCACUGGAGGUUCUGGAGCGUCUGAUCCUGGAAGAUGACCAGAGCGUGGAAGCAUGGUAUCUGGGAGGGUGGUGCCUCCAUCUUCUGGCGGAGAAGCAGCAGGCGGCCCCGAAGGAUGCCGAGGCAGACGAAUCCCCCGAAUCGAAACGACAGGCCUCGCUGGUGGCCAGCCGGGAAUGGCUCAAGCAGAGUCUGGCGCUCUACGAAGUGCUCCAGUACGAGGACGAACGGCUGAAGGAGCACGCCACGGAGCUGGUGCAGGAAAUGAACAAGGAACUCGGGGAGGAGAUGGACGAGGAGGAAGGCGAGGAAGGUGAAGAGGGCGAGGACUGGGAAGAUGAGGAGAUCGAGGCCGAGUCGGACGGGGACCACGAGAUGGCGGAUUCAUGAGGACCACGGGAUGUUAUGACAUGAUACCAAUUGAAAAAAGAUGCACCGAGAAUAGAUCUACGACCGUCCAUAGGAAAAUACAAGGGAC